GCCUUCAAGGGGGCCCAGCUCCUGCGCGCCGACGUGCGCAACGCCGACUUUACGCGCGCGGAUCUGCGGGGGGCGGACUUCACGUCGGCCAAGGCGGACCUGACCGGCGCCUCCUUCAAGGAGGCGCACAUCGCCGGCGUCGACUUCCGAGAGGCGGCUGUACAGGGGGUCGACUUUUCUGGCUGCUUUGGUAAGGACGCCGCCCUCUUCGACCCAACUGCUAUCUAA